AUGAAGACACAAACAUUGUCUUUAAUGAAUAUAAAUGGAAAAAGAAAAUUUCUAGGAACGAAUAAUAAAAUAUAUAGAAAAGUCAUAAUAAAUCCAACAUCGGAAGAUGAUAUACAAAAAUUUUGUAGAAAUUAUUUCAGAAUAUAUAAUUUCUCCUUAUAUAAUUUUAUACGAAGAUUAAUAUCUUUUGAUGCUAUUCUUGUAUACUCACUAUUUUUAACUGUUUAUAUAUUUUCGGAAAUAAAUCAUGGCGAAACAAAAAAAUACUUAUUUAUCGAUACAGCUAUUUCUUUAUUUUUUAAUAUUAUCCUAUUAAUUGUUAUAGAAAGUCUUUUUGAACUAAAAAAGUUGAAAGACGUUAAAAAUGCUAACUCUCAGUAUUACCUAAGGAUUGUACCAAAAAUGUCUUACUUUGAAAAGGUUAUGACAAAGGAUAUAAAAGUUGGGAAUAUCAUACGAAUAUUUCAAGGAGAUGAAUUUCCAGCAGAUGUGGUAAUUUUAUAUGUUAAGAAUAAUGCAAAUGCAAUAGUUGAUUCUUUUAAAAUAGAUGGUCUUUUUAGAAAGAGUAUUAAAUAUGCAGUUGAUAAAUAUAAAAUUGAUAAGGAUUACCUAAAAAUGUUAUCCGAAAUUAAUGGAGUAAUAAGGUGUGAAUUGCCCAAUAAAAAUAUAUUUUGCUUUCAAGGGAAUUUUAAGUUGGAUAAACAUCCACGCUCACUAUUAUUAAAUUAUGAAAACUUUGCUCUACAAUCCUCCGUUUUGAAAGGGGCAGAAUAUAUAGACGCUGUAGUUGUAUACACAGGUGCUGAUACUAAGAAGAAUUUGAAUAUUCCACAGAAGAUCGAAGAAAAUAAAACAUUCUGCAUAAAAAUGAAUAAUAUUGUAUAUUACUUAAUAUUUAUGUACUUUGUUUUUGUUGUGCUAAGCAUUGUUAUAAAAACGAUAUUUUUUCAUAAAAAGAAUUCCUUUCAAAAUUCAAGAGAUUCUUUCCUUAGUAUGUUGGAGGAUUUUGUUGGUUUGUAUAUAUUGGUAUUACCUAUUAUGAUGUAUUCAGAAAAGAGUUUAAUUUAUAUUAUACAAAGUUUGAGAAUAGAAAAUGACCUAAGAAUGAGAAACACUGACUCUGAAAAACCCAAAGUUUUUAAUAAGAAUAAAAAUGACUCUUUAGGUAAUGUAGAUUUAUUAGCAACAUCAAGAAAUGGUGUUCUUGUAAAAAGGAAAGAAUUACUAGUAUCAUGUGUAAUUAAUAAUGUUAUGUAUGGCAAAAAAGAUAUUAUAUGUUCACGAAAAAAUUUCAAAUUACCUACAUUGAAUAUAUUAGAUUCAGAAAGAAAAAAUGUUUCCAAUCUUUUGAACUUGGAUGAAAGGAUAUUCAAAGAUCCUGAAAAUAUUUUUUUCCCAACUCGCGAUUUUUACUCCUUUUUGAAAUUAUUCGAAAAUAAAAUAUCAUCAAUAUAUAAUCCAUAUUCUAGUAGUUUAUCAAAUUUAUUGAAAGAAAAAUAUAAAAAUUAUGUGAACGAAGAAAUUCUUAACAAAAAUGUGAAACUAACGAGUUUUGUAAAAUCUCAGCUGACCAUUGGAUAUAAUCAAAUUUGUGAGUAUGAUGAACUCAGUUACAAUUGUUACGAAAUUAAAGAAGAUUCACAAAAGGAAAAUAUCCAAUCCGUUAAGAUUGAAGACUUUAUUUUAGGGUUAUGUGGAUGUAAUAGAAUAAUUAUAUAUAAUGAAAAGAGCCUAGAUAUAAGUAUGAAUGAAUACAAGAGUGAUAAUUUUAUGGAAACAUAUAGUAAGUUUGAAACGGAGAAUGAAGAAGAUCAUGAAAAUGAUCAUGAUGAAUAUCAUAAUAUGGAACAUUCAGAUGAUGAAAACAUCAAUAGCAUUGAAUAUGAAGAUAUAUGUUUAUAUAAUAUUAUAAGGAAUACCGGAUUUUCUAUUUAUUGUUAUAAGAAUACUUUAUUUCUUUAUAAUUUAAUGAAGGAAUGUAAAGUAUAUUUUUUAACUUGUUAUCAUGAUUUCCUAAGAAGUAAUAAAUUUUCUAUGUGUAUUUUGAAAUGUGGAUAUAGCAUAAAUAAUGAAAAGGAAGGAGGAGUAUUAUAUGUAAGAGGAUACGAUUUUAAUAUUCUUCCAUAUAUAUCUAAAGAGAAGAAUAACAUAAAGAAAAUAAAGAAUGCUAUAAAAAUAUAUACCUUAAAUUAUUUAAAAGUUAUAAUAUUAUGUAAAAAAGAAAUAAGUAAUGAAGAUAUAGCAAAAUAUAUUAUAUUAAAAAGUAUAAGUAAAAAAUUAUCUUUCAAAUUUUAUGAUUUGAUUAAAUUAUUCUUUUUAUAUGAUUUAGAAGUUAUUGGAAUUAUAGGAUUAAAAAAUCAGUUAAAAGAAGGAGUCAAAGAAACAUUCAAUGAUGUAAUCAAUUUUGAUAUUAAAUCUUGGAUAUUUGCAAAUGAAUGUUCAAAGGAUACAUAUUUAACAGCUCUUCAAUGUAAUUUAAUUGUAUCUUCUUCUAACUUAUUUCUUAUUAAUUAUUAUAAUUUAAAAAAUACACAUGAAGAGGAUGCUAAUAUAUUAUUCCAUAAUUUUAUAUCAUCCUUGUAUAAGUUAAAAUCGAAUUCUUAUGCUGUAGUUAUAAAUGAUGAAAGUAUAAAAAAUAUUAUGACAAAUGUAGAAUCAAUGAAAAUAUUCUUAUGUAUAGCCAUGAGAGCUACUGUAGUCCUAUUUUGUAAAUUGCAAAAUGAGACAAAAGGAAAAAUUAUUAGGACGUUGUAUGCUUUAACGAGGCCAAAAUUGACAGUACUAGGAAUAGGAACAACAUUAAGUGAUGCUUACUUAUUAAAAUAUUCAUCUAUAAGUGUCUGUUUAAGUUUGAACGAGCACGUAAACAUUUUAUAUAAUAUAUCUGAUUAUGUAUUGCAAGAAUUUAAAUUUAUUAGUGAAUUGCUUAUAUUAGGAAGGCUAAACAGAUUUUCCCUUUGCAAGGUGUUUUUGUGGAUAAUAUACCUAAAAAUUACUGUUGUUUCAUUUUAUUUUUUCCACAAUUUUGAUAACUAUUUUUCGGGAUCUUCAGCAUCUUCCAUACUAUAUACACAAACAACGUUUGCUCUUUUGCACUACUUUCUUAUCAUAGCAUUUUCUGCGUAUGAAAUAGAUUUACCAUAUAAAUUUGUAAGGAGAGUACCUUAUAUAUACCAGCUAUCGAGAAGGAAAUAUUUUUUGAACAAUAAUAUUAUACUUUUAACAAUAAUUGAAGCCAUACUAAUUUCCCUUACUUCAUAUUAUAUAUUACGAUUAAAUGUAUUUCAUUUGAUUACUCAUCGUGAAUUUACUUUUCAUAUAUUUAUUUUAAAUGUUUUUAUAACAACAGAAAAAAUUCUUUUACUUUCCAAAACAUGGCAUAUAUAUUUUUUUAUUAUGGCAGUUCUUAUGAUAGGUAUAUUGCUUAUAUAUGUUAAUAUAUUUACUUUAGUAGAUUGUAUAAAAAAUGGAAAAUGUGAAUUUAGUCUUUUUCAAAUGGAAAAUAUAUAUUUCUGGACAUCUCUCUUUCCUAUUUUAUAUAUUAAUUUUAUCUUUGAUAAGCUUAUGAAAUAUAUAAAGAAUAGAAUAUAUCCCGAUAUUUCAGACUAUUUAAGAAAAUACUUUCUUCGUAGAAUAUGCUGUCAUAAUAAUGACAAAUCUUUAUCACAGAGGAAAAUAAAAGGAAUAAAUAAAUUUGUAAAUUUUGAAAAAAAUGAUAUCUUAUUAAAAUACAUUCCAACUCCUAAAAUAUAUAAUAUAAAAGAUGAUCCUACAUAUUAUAAUAAAUCUAAAAGAAGUAAAUUUUUAUAUGAUACCUUUAGGAAAGUUAUAGAUAUUAAUGUAAAAUACAGGAAUCAACAAUUAAAUUUAGAAUAUAAAACAUAUGAGAAAGGGAACAAAUUAAAAUUACGUAUAAUUGUAAUAUUAUUAUUUCUUAUUUAUAUUAUAAUAUUUUCCUCACAAACAAUUAUUGAUAUAAAUACAAAAUCGAAUAUACAUUAUAUAACAAUGUUUUAUAUUAUAUAUUUUGUAUUGGCAUGUGUGUUUUUAAUUUAUAUACGAAUCAGGAAUCAAGCUACUUCUACGUUUUUCUUUUUUUUGAGCCGAUUUUUAUUAAUAUGUGGAUUUUGUAUCGAAUUAUAUGAUAAUAUUAGUAAUGAUAUAUUAAAUGUAUUAAUUACGUAUUCCUUUACAGUAUCUUAUAUAUUUUUUAUGUCCUUUAAAAUAUUAGAGGCUCUUUUAGUAUGUAUAAGUAUACUGUUAUUAACGUUUUGGGUUUAUUAUGAGAAGAAUAAGAAUAUGAUAGAUAUAUGUACGCAUUUUUGCAGUAAUCCAUAUUUAUCUAUAAAUAACUUAGAUCAUAUGAAUAUAUCAUGUUUAUGUAAAAAGCAAAUAGUUAUCUUCCUUAUAAGUUUAUUAAGUUUUACCUUGAUUUGUUUAUCUAUGAAAUAUUAUGAGAUAUUUUAUUUAAAGAAGAAAUUCUUAUUUAGAUAUAAACAGAAAGUGAAUCUAGCUAAACAAAUUGAAAUACUACAUACGAUGUUACCUAAUUUUUUAGUAGAAUAUUUAUUAAUUAGUGAUCCUAAAAAUGAUGGUAUUAUGGUGGGAAAGAAUAUAUCUGGUGAAGAUAGAGGUAUAAUAUCUGUGAUAUUUUGUGAUAUUGAUGAUUUUCAAAACAUGGUAUCUACAUUACAACCACACGUAUUAGUAGAAACGUUAGAUAAUUUAUAUUUAUAUUUUGAUAAAUGUAUAAAAUAUUUUAACUGUAUAAAAAUAGAAACUGUAUUUGAAUCAUAUUUAGCAGCCUCUGGAUUAAGUGAAAAGAAAAAUAAUGCUUUAGACAAAAUUAUGUAUGAUACAAAAUGUGCAAUAAAAUUAGCUAUUGCUCAGCUAAGUGCUAAAUAUUAUAUAUCAUAUAAGGUAUUAGAUACACGUGAACAUUUUUCUGAUAAUUCUAAUUCAUAUGAUAAAUAUAUAAAUAAAAAUAUUAGUCUCAAAAUUGGGAUACAUACAGGAAAAGCGAUCAGUGGUGUGAUUGGAUCUGUUAAACCACAAUAUGCUCUCUUUGGAGAUACUGUAAAUACAGCGUCAAGAAUGAAAUCUACAUCUCUUCCUGAUCAUAUUCAAGUUUCCUAUGAUACGUAUAAAUAUUUAAAGGAGGAUAACACAUUUAUAUGGAAAGAAAGAAAGGUUUUUAUAAAAGGAAAGGGUAAAAUGAAGACAUAUCUUCUAGUAGACAUUUUAGAUGACGUAAAAAGGAAAGGGGAAUCUUUAAAUUAUUAUUCAUCUUCUAAUUUGUUAUUGUCUCAAUUGGGUAGUGAGACUGUAUCGAUAUAUGAAGAAAGGGAUGAUAUUAAAGAAAGUAGUAGGCAUAGUGAUAAGGAAAGUAGUAGGGAUAUUAUUAAGGAAAGUAGUAGGGAUAUUAGUAAGGAAAGUAGUAGGGAUAUUAUUAAGGAACGUAGUAGGAAUAUUAUUAAGGAAAGUAGUGGGGAUAUUAUUAAGGAAAUUAGUGGGAAUAUUAGUAAAUCCAGUAGUAUAAAUAUUAAUAAAAGAGGUAGUAAAUCUAUUAGUGAUAUAAAAGAAGGGCAAAUAAUAGAUAAAGGAGAUUUGAUUUUUAAAAUGAACAGGAUGAAAGAUAAAAUUGAUAGUACAUAUAGUAAACGAAUUGAUAAAGAGAGUAGAGAUAAAAUUAGUGAUGAGACGAAUCAUGCAUUAGAUGAAGUAGUUAAACAUUCGGAUAUACAUUUAUUAAAUUAUGAGAUAAAUAAUAAGAGAUAUAAAAAAAGGAAAGGUGAUACAAAUAAUGAGAAUAAAUUAAUAGGAGAUAUAUUUAAUAUGUAUGAUAAAAAAAUUAAAUAUUUUUAUAAAAAAAAUGAUAAAAGUAAGAGUAUGGAAAAUAUAUCAUUCAUAAAACAUUAUAGAAAUACUAAAUAUAAAAAAUCAGAUUAUCUUCUUUUAGAUAACAAAGGAGAAUCUAAAAAGUUUAAAAGAAAUACAUCAUAUGUAUUAGAAUCACCUUUACAUUUAAUAGGUGAUAUAUUUGAUAAUAAUAUAGAGAGAAAAAAGAAAAAGAAAAAGAAAGAGAUAAAAACAAUUGUAUCUGAUGAUAUAUUUACUUCACCUGUCAAUAUAAAAGAAUAUAAUUAUAAUGAACAGGAACGGAAAAAAGAAAUUGUUGGAAAUUUAUCGUACGACAAAACAAAGAAAAGAUUUCCUUUUAUAAAAUUUACCAAAGAAGAGAGAAUAAAAAAAAAAAAAAUAGAAAAAAAAGAAAAAAAAGAAAAAAAAGAAAAUAAUAAUAAUUUUCUUUAUAAUGAUGAUUAUUCAUCAUGUAGUAGUCCAAAAUAUGGUGAUAAUGAAAAUAAUUUUGUGAUAAAAUAUAUUAGAGAAAGAAAAGAUUUUCAAAAAAAAUUUGAUCAUCCAAACUUUAAUUUUAGCAAAUUUUUACACAAUUAUGAUCCUAUAAACAAUAAAAAUAAAAAGAAUAAUAAAAAGAAUAAUAAAAAGAAUAAUAAAAAUGUAAGAAGAAAUGAAUAUCCAAAUUAUACAUCUUCAUCUAAAGAUGGUGUUUCUUAUAAUUUCCUAUCGGAUAGUUUGUUUUCCUCAGAUAAUGAGUAUUCUACUGAUUCUGAAAAAUAUUACAAAAAAAGUUUUAGGAAAAAUAAAAAAAUUAUAAAAUUUGAUGAUCUUUUUACUAAAAUAUAUAUAAAGAAAAAAAAACGUUUACUUCAAAUGAAUAACUAUGACGUAAAGAGAAAGGGAAAAAAAUUAAAGAAUAGAGGAAUGGAAAGAAAUAAAACAAAAUAUAUAAAUGUUAAUGAAAAAACAAAGAUGAAAUAUUUUGUCAAUAAUGAAAAUAAAGACCAUGAAGUUAAUAAAGAAGAUAAUUCAAAAAGUAUGCAAAAAUAUUUUCUACAUAUAUCAAAACAUAAAAAAGAACAAAUAGAAAAUAAAAAGAAGACUCAUAAAUAUUUUCAUAAAAAUGUGGAAUGUAUUUAUCCUUAUACAGAUAAUAAUAUAAAUAAUAAUAACUCUUCAAGAAAUGAAAAAAGAAAAUAUAGCAUCAAUUUAUAUCAUCAUCUAGAUGAACAAGAAAAAAUAAAGGGAAAAAAGAAAUAUUUUAACAAGGACAAGGAACUAUUAGGAUCCAUUAAUAAACAAACAGAAAGGAAACCAAAGAAAAAAAACAAGAAAAAUAUGGAAAAUAAAAAAGAUAAAAAAAAAAUUAGAAUGAUUACAAACAAAACCAAGGAGAAACAUUCGAAGAGUAUUAUUAGUGUUGAGGAACAAAAUAUGAAUCAUAAUAAUUCCUUGAAAAAAAAAGAGGUGAACUUUAUUGGUAAAAAUGAAGAAUAUUUAAAUAGGCCAAAUUCUGAUUGCUCUAUUUGCAUAAAAGAAAUGGAAGAAGAUGUUUAUGAAUUUCAUAGUAAUAAUAUAUAUUAUAAUAACCAAACAUAUAGUGAUAAUAUAAAUAAUACAACAAAGUUAAAAGGUAUGGGAAAUAAUACAAAUGAUAUAUCACAAAAUAAGGGAAAAAAUCAAUUAGGGAAAAAAAUUAGUUUCUUUUGUAUGCAUAAUAAAUAUCAUGAAUCAGAAAUAAUGAAUGAAGAAGAUAAUAAAAACAUGUUCAAUCUAACACAAAGCCAAAUAAUUAAUAAGGACAAAUAUAAUUAUUUUACACAUUGUCCAUCACUUAAAAAAAAAAAAAGCGUUUUCACAAAAAUUAAUAAUUUAUUUAAAAGUUAUUUCAAAAGUAUAGAUGUACAUGAAAAGUUUGGUUUUUCUAAAAAAUUUAAAUUCCAUUCAAAGGAUUCAGAUGAUAUAAAAGGAAAUAAUAAUAAAAUUAGUAAAAAUCGUUAUAAUAAUAAUAAUAAUAAUAAUAAUAGUAACUAUAGUAACAUUGAUAGUGGUAAGUAUAGUCAUAAUAAUAAAAAGAAUCAUCAUCAAAAUAAUAAUUAUGAGAAAUACCAUCAUAGUAAUAAUAGUCGUGUCACGCUAUCCAAAGGAGAAAAGACAGAAAAAAAUAAAAAUGUAGAUUAUGCAUAUCAAUUUGAUAAUUACGAUAAGAAGCUACUAAAAAAGUUAACAUCUAACUUACAAUUAAAUAAGAAAAAUGUGAAAAAUUUUAACAUGUUUUACUACAAAUUCAAUGAUGAAGAACUAGAAGAAGAAUAUACUAGAAAUUAUUAUAGAGAAAUCAUUAAUAUUGAUUUAACAAAAAAAUUAAUUAUAAUAUUUAUAUUUACAGAAAUAUUUUUAAGUUUAUGUAAUAUUAUAGAAUUAUCAUUUUAUGAAAAGAAAUUAAAAUAUAAUGAUUCAAUAGUUAUAAUAUGGCUUAUUAGAUCAAUAUAUUUAUUUAUAAUAACAUAUAUAUGGAUAAUAUUAAAAACAAAAUUAAAAGAAUAUAAAAAUAAUUCAAGUAAAAUGAUGUGGACUAUAUUUAUAUUAAAUAUAUUUUUAUGUUCUUGGGGUAUUAUAUUAAUAGAUUUAUCAUGUAUACAUUAUAGUAUGUUAUUAGGAAAUAAAAAUGAAAGAGCCUUAUUUUUUAUGAAAGAUGCAAGUGAACUUAUAAUAUGUAUUCAAUUAAUAUUUAUAAAAAAUAUGUUAUUUAAACAUAAAUUCUUUUUUUUCGUAUUUUUUUAUAUAUUCCUUAUAUAUUCAUUUAGUAAAUUAUUUAGUAUACACACAUGCCAAACACAUAUAUGUUGUAGUAUUAUUUUAUUUAUAUCUAUAAAUAUACUUUAUUUUGGGUAUUCAGAAUAUUUAGAUAGAAUACAAUUCUUAGUCAAAAGAAAGAGAAAUCGAAUGGAAAAAAUAUCACAAGAUUUCUUAACAAAAAUAUUGCCUAGACAAGUUCUAGAAGAAUAUCAAAACGAUAAUUUACAAUUAACAUAUAAACAUGAAAAAAUUGCUUUUUUAUUUGCGGAUAUUGUUGGAUUUACAAAAUGGAGCAAAACAGUAUCUCCUAAGGUAGUCUUAAAAUUAUUACAAAAACUAAUAUCUAAAAUUGAUAAAGAUACAAUUAAAUUAGGCUUAUAUAAACUCUUUACAAUUGGAGAUGCUUAUGUAGCAACCAGUCAACCCAAUUCAUCUAUAACCGAUGAAAGUGAAGCAUUAGAAGGAAUACUAAAUAUAUUGAAGCUAGCGAAACUUAUCUUACAUAAUAUUAAUACUAUUAAAAUACAAUUCAAUAAACAUGACUUUAAUAUGAGAAUAGGUUUACAUUAUGGUUCAUGUGUUGGUGGUAUUAUAGGUUCCGUUAGAAUAAGAUAUGAUAUGUGGGGUCUCGAUGUUCUCAUAGCUAAUAAGAUUGAAUCAAAUGGGAUACCUGGAGAAAUAAUUUGUUCUGAACAAUUUAGACACUUUUUUAUACAAAACGAGCCACAGGCGAAACUAAACUUUUGGUACUACAAAAGCAUAUCUAUAAAUGAUCAGGAUAUAAAACUAUACGUUAUUGAAGAUAAAAAUUAUGAAGAAGAUUAUGAUCCAAAAGUCAUAGAUUAUACAACGUUGCUGAAAUUACGUCAAGAAAAGGGAUUACAUUCAUAA